AUGAUACACAAUUUAAUCACAUUUACGUUGUAUAGUGCAGGUUUCUUCAGUUUGGUUAUCGUCGAUUAUCUUCUUGGAAAUGGCUUUGUGGACAUGUUUCAAAGGUUGGCGUGUAAAAUUGUAUGUUUUGUAAGGAAAACUAUUCGAGAAGAGGAAAAACUGGUAACAACGAGCACAGAUGCCGUUAUUAGUAUACCGUUUUUACUAACUGAAGUUUUGUUACUUGGGUUUUCUAUCGCAUUUCUUAAUAAGUACAAACAAAUGCGAUUUGGGGAAAAGAUUGAUGAGCUUCUGAAAGACAGCCGGGACGCGUUGCGUGAAACCAACGAAUUUAUUGAAAAGUGGCGCCUGCGCAGGCUAAAUUGGCAGAGCGCUAACGAGUAUACAUAUUUGGAUGAAGAACCUCAGGAAAUCAAGCCUUACGAAUUGGAGGUGCCUAUUUUGCAUAUGGCUAUAAUAGAUACGUUAGGAACAACAAGAAGUCAACCAGAACGAGGUGAUGCAGGAGAUACGAUAAACAUUACCGAUUCCACUCUUCUAUCUGUAACAUCGCUUUUAGAUGAUGACUACGAAUCAGUGGCGGAACCAACAAGUGAUGAAAAUAUUAAUUAUACCCUGGAAAAAUCACUGUCUGAUUUCAAAGACCGAUUCUUGUGGGACGUGAUGGAAGAAGACGAGUGA